GGAGAGGCGCGUCUGGACUCGUGCUUAACAUGGCCACGCUGCGCAGGCUGCAAGAGGCGCCCCGGCACUUACUGGUCUGUGAGAAAUCCAACUUCGGCCACGACAAGUCUCGCCAUAAGCAUCUCGUGGAGACGCACUAUCAUAAUUACAGGGUUUCCUUUCUUAUUCCUGAAUGUGGACUGCUGUCAAAAGAGCUGAAAGACCUGGUCAUGGAAAUUGGACCCUAUUACUCUGUGAAGAACUUACCUCUCCAUGAAUUCAUUACACAUGAAUUCAUCAACACCUUUGUAAAGAAAGGUUCAUUCUCUGCAUUAACAUACAGUACAAGGAUUGAUGAAGAUAAUACUGUGGCUCUCCUACCGAAUGGAAAAUUAAUUUUAUCGCUGGAUAAAGAUACUUAUGAAGAAACUGGACUUCAAGGUUAUCCUUCUCGGUAUUCUGGCAGAAAACCGAUGAAGUUUAUCAUUUCCAUUGAUUUAAUGGAUUUAUCCCUUAACCUGGAUUCUAAGAAGUAUGAAAGAAUAUCUUGGUCCUUCAAAGAAAAGAAGCCUUUGAAGUUCGAUUUUCUUUUGGCUUGGCAUCAUACAGGUGCGGAAGAAUCAACGGUGAUGUCCUACUUUUCCAAAUAUCAAAUUCAGGAGCAUCAGCCAAAAAUGUCAUUGAGCACAGUGAGAGAGCUACAGUGUCCGGUGCUGCAGAGCAGCGCGCUUGCAGGGGAACCGGAGGAGGCCUGCAGUGCCCUGGAGCUCUUUGACUGGCUUGGUGCUGUCUUCUGCAGUGCGGACCUAAAUAACCAGCCUUAUAAUUUCGUCUCAACCUACUGCUGUCCCCAGCCAAGCACAGUGAUAGCCCAAGCCUGUCUGUGUACAAUCACAGGUUUCCUACUGCCAGAGAAGAUACAUGUCCUUCUGGAACAGCUGUGUCACUACUUUGAUGAACCAAAGUUAGCUCCAUGGGUCACCUUGACAGUUCAAGGCUUUGCAGACAGCCCUGUUUCAUGGAGAGAGAAUGAACAUGGUUUCCAAAAAGGAGGAGAGCACUUAUACAACUUUGUGGUUUUUAAUAAUCAGGACUAUUGGCUUCAGAUGGCUGUCGGGGCAAAUGAUGACUGUCCACCAUAAAAAAAAAAAAAAUGCAAACUUUAAAACCGUU